CCUUACGCGCACACACACUCUGACAUUCAGACAUUUGAAACACACGCUCACCUACAAAGACACCACUUUCUCCAUCUGACACUACUAAUUAUCUAUCUAUAUAUCAAAAACACACAUGCGCACACACGCACACACACACACUUGUGUGUGUGUUUUCGGUCAGUGGUUUUCCAAUGAAGCGUUUCUUUGGGCUGGUGUUGGAGCGAUUGGUUUUUUUGUCUAAGAACCUCAAACCGAGUAAAUGCAGGAAACAGAAGAAGAAGAAGCUGAAAACCAGGGAAACCAAAGCAUCGGUGAUCCUGACGGUUUACCUCAAUGACACCCAGCAGAUGCUAACUGAGGUCCCAGUUACUCCAGCAACCAGAGUGGUUGACGUGGUCGAAUAUUGCAAAGAAGCUGGCGAGGGAGAGUGUCACCUAGCGGAAGUAUGGAAUGGGCAUGAGCGAGUUCUCCCUCUGGAGUUGUUAUUGUUGGAUCUCCUCCAGCAGUGGGGAGCCAGGAGGCCGGAGGUCAGCUUCUACCUCAGACACUGCCCCUCCGGGACACAAGGAAGUCAGCAGCCUUUGGAGCAGAGCUGGACCACAGAAGGAACAGAGAGUGCUAAUGACAGGGUUCCUCGUGUGGAGCUGACCCUCUCUGAGCUCCAGGAAAUGGCCACAAGACAACAGCAACAAAUAGAGGCUCAGCAACAGAUGUUGGUCGCCAAGGAACAGAGACUGCGGUAUCUUCAUCAGGGGGGCAGAUCCAACCAGGGGCAGACACAGUCUGAAGCUGAGAAGCUGCAGCGGCUGAAGGAGCGAGUAGAGACUCAGGAAGCCAAGCUGAAGAAGAUCCGAGCCAUGAGAGGACAAGUCGACUACAGUAAACUGAUCAACGGAAACCUCUCUGCAGAGAUUGACCAUGUUAGCAGCCUGUUUCAGGAGAAGCAGGCAGAACUGCAGUCUGCUGUGGUCCGAGUCGACCAGUUGACCCAGCAGCUGGAGGAUUUGAGAAGAGGACGCCUUCAGCUACACUCUGUUGCACCAGCUCAGGGGGCACACACCGGGUCCCAGGGUGCACCCACUGGCCAGAAAGGAUCCCCCCUGUCUGGUCCUGCAGCCCUGGAACUGAGGAAACUCUACCAGGAGCUGCAGGCCCGUAACCGUCAUAACCUGGAGCAGAGCAGCAAGUUGGCCCAGAAUAAGGAGCUGCUGAACAAGAGGAACGCCCAGGUGACGGUGAUGGAUCAGCGCAUCGGAGACCUGAGAGAACGACUGCAUAAGAAGAGAGCAGAAUUGAGUCGUAUGAAUGGAGGAGGCCUGUCCUCUCCUCAGACCUCUUCCCACCCAGCCGGCGGUGUUUCGGGUCGAGUAGCGGCUGUCUGUCCUUACAUCCAGGUUCCGGCGGAGGGGAGACAGGAGGCGGGGUACCCCCUGCCAGCUGACCCACCACCCAAACCCACACCGCUCAGCCACAUCCGCUCCCUCUCAGAGGAGGACAGGAGUGGCAUCAGGAAGCCUCCCAGCCAAUGGAAAGUGUCAGAUUUAGACAUCGUCCUGUCAGAGCCCACUGAGACGUGGGAGCGACCUCAGUCCCCUAAGGGGGGCGACAGUAACAACACUAAUGAAGCGUCCUGGCCGAGCAUCAGUAAGAGUGGGUCAGAUUGGAGGACCAACAGUCCAGAACAGCAUCCCACUGGUUAUGGUACCUACCCCAGUGCCACCCACCAAGCUGCAGGGCAUCACUGUGCCACCAGCUCCCUGCCCCGUUCUGCCCCUGGUACACUGGGCUGGCCCCGAUCCAGUCCUGUAAACGGCUCCUCAUCCUCUACAUCAUCUUCCUCUUCACAACAAAUACAGCAACGGAUCUCUGUCCCUCCAAAUUCAAGCCAAGGCCCUGCCACGACCUCCCAACCCUCUCCCUUGUCCCCUCAAACAGAGCGAACAGAUCCCCCUCCAGCGGUGGCUGUGCGUCCCUACGUCCCGGACCACCCUUCCAGGCCCCAGUCCCCCAGGAAGGGCCCCGCCACCAUGAACAGCAGCUCCAUCUACAGCAUGUACCUCCAGCACCCUCAGGCCAAAAACUACGGAUCUCUCAGCAACAGGACUACUGUCAAAGCAGUCUACGGUAAACCCAUCCUCCCCACCUCCUCCACCUCUCCGUCCCCUGUCCCUUUUCUCCAGGGAGGAGGAGGAGGAGUAAGAGCAGGAGUAGAGGAUGUUACAGAUAAAGAAGUAGGCAAAGGAGGAGGCGAGAGCAGUGAUGGGCAAAUCCUCCCUCCACCCAGCGUGGACAACAUCCCUCGUCCCCUCAGUCCCACUAAGCUCACCCCAGUCGCCCAUUCCCAGCUACGUUACCAGAGUGAUGCUGACCUGGAAGUUCUCCGCCGACGCCUCAGCAAUGCCCCACGACCCCUAAAGAAACGGAGCUCCAUCACUGAGCCUGAGGGCCCACAGGGGCCAAACAUCCAAAAACUACUAUAUCAGAGGUUCAACACGUUGGCCGGAGGCAUGGAAGGAGGCUCAGGCAAUACUUUCUACCAGCCUGAGUGCAUUUUGGGUGACAUGGACAACAUCCAUUCAGCGAACGGGAAUGUUGAACCUGGUGACAAGCACGUCAGUAUGGCAACCGUGGAGAGCGAAGUUCAAAACCUGAACUUGGGCUCCCGCCGCUUGUCUCCUCCCUCUGUUGCCAUAGAAACAUCCAAAGAGAUGACAGCUAAAGUGGAAACUAUCAAUAACGUGUCCCGAUCAACCCAACCCAGCUCGUCCCCUGCACCUGAUAGGCCGGAGGACCAGAACAAUAACAACCAGAAAGGAUCUAGUCCCGCACACAACUCUGUGGGCCAUGCCUCCCCUUCUAUAUCACCUCCUGCACCACCUUCACUGCCUAAGGUGAAGCGAACCAACCUGAAGAAGCCAUCAUCAGAGCGAACAGGCCACGGUCUGAGAGUCAAGUUUAACCCUCUAGCUCUGCUGCUGGACGCAUCAUUAGAGGGAGAGUUUGAUCUGGUGCAGAGGAUUAUAUAUGAGGUGGAAAAUCCCAGUAUGCCUAAUGAUGAAGGCAUAACUCCUCUUCAUAAUGCUGUCUGCGCUGGUCAUCACCAUAUUGUGAAGUUCCUGUUGGACUUUGGAGUUAAUGUAAAUGCAGCUGACAGUGAUGGAUGGACUCCUCUGCACUGUGCAGCUUCAUGUAACAGCGUCCACCUCUGUAAGAUGCUGGUGGAGUCGGGGGCCGCCAUUUUCGCCACAACGAUUAGUGACGUCGAAACGGCAGCAGACAAAUGUGAAGAAAUGGAGGAGGGCUAUACACAGUGCUCUCAGUUCCUCUAUGGCGUGCAAGAAAAGUUGGGUGUGAUGAACAAAGGCUUGGUCUACGCUCUCUGGGACUACACGGCCCAGCAGGCCGAUGAGCUGUCCUUCAGCGAGGGUGACGCUCUCACCGUGCUGCGUCGGCGUGACGACACUGAGACAGAGUGGUGGUGGGCGCGGCUUAACGACCGCGAGGGAUACGUACCCAGAAACCUGCUGGGGCUAUAUCCAAGGAUCAAACCCAGACAACGUUCACUGGCAUGAAGCCCAGAUCCCACUCGCAGAGGGCGCAUGCACACGGAGAAGAAGAGGAGCAGCAGCAGCAGCAUGUGGGCGGAAGCAUUAGCUGGAAAAGAAAGAACAAAGGACGGAGAGGGAGUUGGGAGGCUGAGUGAGGGAAGAAAGGAGAUGGACAAAAGAUGGAGCUCACAACUCUGAUGAAGCAACUUUUUUUCCCGUUUGUUUGGAUGUAAUGCUGGAAUCACAGAGCCACUUUAUGGUAGAAUCAUAAUAUAUUUUCACUGAGUUGCUGCAGUUAGAAGAAUCGCCUGAAUUUUAUUUUGAGCAACAGUCGCUUGGCAACUUUACAUGAGUUCAGCUGCAUGAGAGAAGCUGAAUAGAAAAAAAAGAAAAUUAUUCAUCUUUUGGAUGCAGCUUUGAGUUAUUCCAGCUCAGAACAUGAAAGCAUGAGCUUGGAAUUAUAAGGCUCUCUCUGACACUUACCCAAAUAAUUCUUAUAAUGACACUUUAUUUUUGUAUGGUGUUAAUUAAAAUAAAAACCCAUAUAAAACCCUCAUAAAAAAACAAGCUCAUCAACAGCAAAAGGAUGUGCUCUUCCUCAGUGUCGGUGAACAUAGUAUGUUGUCUGAAAACACCUUCCCACUGUGUGGUGUGAAGACUUAAAUGCAGUAAAUUUACAGGCUAGAUCAGGUGAAAGUAUGUGUGAGAUGUGAAGUUGGAGAGAGGAAAGUGUGAAGAGAGAACAGAUAGUGUAACUCUGAAUGUGUGUUAAAGAAAGUCAGGUUUUGUCAGCAGUAGUCAGGAAUAACGUCAGAAGUGCAACCACAAGACUAAGAAGCAGAAUCCAGCCAGCUUUUAAUGCAUGGUGGCUGAGGUACACAUCAACCCACUCAAGCAGCAGAUGUUUACAAUAUAACUUAAUGGCAUGGUAAAAAAAAACACAAGUUUGAAUUGAUAUCAGAAGAAUAUUUCGAUUCUGAUUUCCCAAAAGGAUAUAAGAAGCAUCUGCGAAUCAUUACGGAUGUCUCAACCUUUUACUACUCUGUAUUUAUGUUGACUCAGCGCUGGUGCAUGCUGUCAUAUCAACAUCUGUUCAACUGCAAAAUGGUUGCUGCUGGUAGGACAGGAGGAAAAGAAGGAAAAAAAGAAUGUGAGAAGGGAAUUUUUGAGACCAAAGCACCUAGAAAAUGGGUUUAGAGGUGAAGAAGGAGGAGGAGGAGGAGUAAUGAAAACCUCUGCCUUUAUCCAUUCACACACAAUAUCUAGUCCAGACUAGGGCCUGGCACAUGUUGGUCCUAAUACUGGGGCAAUACUAGCACCAGGCUCUAAAACUAACAAUACGAUAAAGCAGUGUUACCCAUCUACCACAAGUUCAGUGUUAAAGGAUUUCAUAUUGGUCAGUCCACUUAAAAAUAUCACAUAGGAGCUCCUGUGGCUACUCUGUGUUGUCUCACCCUGCCAUGUCUUAAAGUUUAGAAGGUUGAGAAUAAAAUUGAAUACAUUAUCCCCGGGCUAACUGCUUAAGUGUUAAAAUGGGGCUUAAUUAGCUGAGAGUGAAUGAAGAAUCUAAAGUGUGAAAACAACUUGACUUCCUUUAAGUGUCAUCUCUGAUUUUUCUUCUUCAUAUUUACAUAUUUCAGUAGUUGUAUGAAAUGUAUUAUUCUCCUGGUUUGUUGUUUUAUUUAAAACAAAACAUUGGAUAUUGUUUUUCUAUUAUUAUUAUUAUUAUUAUUAUUACUAUUAUUACUACUACUACUAUUCUUAGACACAUUGCUCUUGUUUCCUUAUCUGUCAGUGCUGGUGCCACUCACUGCUGCCACCCAGUGUACAGAAGGGUUUUGACUCAAAGCGUUGUUUGACAUGCUGUGUAAAAUAUGAAGCAAUAAGUGGAGUAAUGUUUGGUGUGAGAAUGGCACAUCAGUCAGAGGAGUGCGAACCAUUACUUUGUGUAUAUGCAACCUGUAACUACACAGCUAAUGUACAAUAAUAAUAAAGAAAUUAUAAUCCCUGCAGAGGAUCAACACUG